CACAAACAGGAAGUAGCCUCUUGAAUACAACUUUAUUGAUAUACAAGAUGGCGGCUGACGCCUGAAGUUCGUUUGUUUCAAAACAUUUGACGCGCAAAUGUCAUUUUUUUUUGCCAGUGUCUCUUCGAAUGUAUUGUUUGCUCCAAGACGGUUGAACUAGUUCGUCUAGCAGUUUAACUGCCUUCUCAAAAGGUAGUGAGCGCCAUUCGUAUUUGACGUAAGUGUGCUGAGGAGAGAGCUAUACGGUGCUGGUACGUGAACGCCUCAUGACGCGUUUGAGUCCUAUCUAGUGUGUGAGCAGCCGGCUGGGAGGGAAAAAAAUGCUUUUGCGGUCUCUUUGCGCUAAACUGAGCGCUCAGCAGUUAGUGGGCAGGAGCUCAGUCGCUGCUUGUUUCCCUCAUUCCAGUCAAGCCUGUAAAUAUGAAUUUGAAGCCAGGACUCAUUCGAACUCCGACCAGCACAGGCAGACCCCAAACGCACCUCAGGGUUCUCCAAUGUGCGCACACUACAGGCAGACCCUAAACGCACCUCAGGGUCCUCCAAUGUGUGCACACUACAGGCAGACCCUAAACGCACCUCAGGGUUCUCCAAUGUGCGCACACUACAGGCAGACCCUAAACGCACCUCAGGGUUCUCCAAAGUGUGCACACUACAGGCAGACCCUAAACGCACCUCAGGGUUCUCCAAAGUGUGCAGUUUCUUCUGCUUUAGUAGGAUUCCCAAGUCCAGGGAGGAACAUUUUAACAGAUUUGGAAUGCAGAAGUGAACAGAAGCGUUUUUAUUCGCCGGAUCUCCUUAAGCCCGUCUUGAAACCCAGUUUGAAGCGAGAGAAACGAGUUCCUAAAGGACCGAGGACAAAACAACCGUCCAGAGCCAAUCAGCCCUCUCGGAAUGAAGACUCGGUCAUGAUGCGCUGCAUCGCCUUCGCCACGGCCGAUCAGUACAACCUGCCCUCGCUCAGCCUCGACCUGGCGGAGCACGGCUUUCAGCACGUGGACUUUCCUCGUGAUGCGUCCAAUGUGUUGGUGAUCAGCACUGACGAGGCCUCCAGACCCGACGACCAAGCACUCAUCUUCUUCUUCAGGGAAGGAUCCCUGGUUUUCUGGAACGUUGAGGAGAAAAUGAUGAAAAAGGUGUUGAGGAUAUUGGAGCGUCAUGAAAGUCAAUCCUAUGAAGUUGCUUUGGUCCACUGGGAAAACGAAGAAAUUAACUACACUUUUGCAGCAGGAAACAGCAAGUUGGAGAGAGGCAGCUUCAUUUUGAGCGACAACCUGGACGCCCAGCAAGUCGUCUUGGAGAAGUUUGCAUUUUCCAACGCUUUGUACUUGUCAGUGAAGCUGGCCAUAUGGGAGGUGUCACUAGAUAACUUUGUAGAGUCAAUUCAAUCUAUUCCUGAGAUGCUGAAGUCAGGCCAGAGUAUAAAGUUGUCCUCCGCAGAAGUCAUGCAGAAGAUAGGCGAGCUGUUCACCCUGAGACACUGUAUAAACCUGAGAUCCGACCUCCUCCUCACGCCCGACUUCUACUGGGACCGGGAGCACCUGGAGAAACUCUACGACAAGACCUGCCAGUUCCUCAGCAUCAACCGCAGGGUCAACGUCGUGAACGAGAAGCUGGAGAACUGCGAUCAGCUGACGGACCUGAUGAGAAGCCACUUGAGCAACAAGCACAGCCUGAGGCUGGAGUGGAUGAUCGUCAUCCUCAUCACCAUUGAAGUUUUGUUCGAACUGGUCAAAAUGAUCUGAACCCUCCAAAGACGUCGUCCACAGUGUCGUGCUGCAUUCAGGGACCAGCAGUUGUGAGGUAGACCGGCUCACGAGCAGACUUUCCAAAAACAAUUCUUGUCGUCUCUGGACUUUUUUUGAUCGCCGAUCAGCCAGUCGUAAAACAUUUUUUUUACUUUUUAAUGGACAACAAUCCUACAGUACCACAUGAAACAACACAACCGCUGAUGACUGCACUUUUUUAUGUCUUCAGUUAAGGCCACAACAUUUGACAUCAGCAUUUUUUGGGGGGGAAAAAUAUGUCAAAAAAUGUCGCUGAUCCACACAGAAAGUGCUAACAAAAAUGUAAAAGUUGUUUUAAGCUAUUUUGAGUCAUAGAUUGUGCUGCGUGUAAUAUUAAUAAUCAAUAGUCAUGCUCAUAUUGUUGCUGCAUGUUUACAAUGUGCAAUGUCGUGGGCAGCAGGCCCAUACGAAUAAGAAGAAAUGGUCAAUAAAUGGAAUGAAAGUGU